AUAAGAGUUUUCUAAAACGAAAUUUUUGUUUUUCCUUUUUAAACGUGUACAAUGCAUCCGCAGCGGUUUUUCACCAUAUUGUUUUCAUUUAUCGGAACCGGAGUUUGUAUAUUCAUACAAAUUGACAACUGCAAUACCUCUAAGUCCUAUGUGAACCACUCGCUGCCGGACCGGCCUGAUUUCUACCGCAGCAUCCACCUACAGAAGGCCCACCUGGUGGGGGAGAGCCUGGGAACUGUCGUCUUUUGCAUGAUACAUGAAAUUUACACGCACCUAAAGUAUAUAGAGGAAAAGCUGCAGGAUCCAAUGGAAGAUAUAUUGUGCUCCAGACCUUGCAAACGAGACGGGUUCCAAGAAAAAUCAAGGAAAAAAAGUGCGAUUCUACCUCCCAAAAGAUGGUCCCAUUCACAAGCUUCGGCGAUUUUAGGACUGCUGCUUGACAAAUUUGUGGAAUAUCGAUGACAAGAAUUUCAGGAUUUUGAUGACAAUGCUGUUUCUCAGAUACCAUGUGUUGAAAUCAUCAAUAAACAUUAGAGAAAAUGUGUUAUAUUAAUUUUUAUGU